AUCAGUUGAUUGAUAAAAGCCGCUGGUGGCGGUAUAGUGCAAUUUUUCCCGAUAAAAAUUUACGAUAUAUUUAUUUUUAUUACGUUUCUAAUUAUUUAUUAACCUGUUCCUUUUUUAUUACGUGUUAAUUUAUUUUACUUUGUACAAAAAUCGUGAUCAGUUUAUGUGUAGUGGCAGAAACGGGUGAUGUGGGGUACACCCUGGAUGGAUCGAUACCGGUGACUGCGUCGCUUUGUUGCGAGGGUGCGAUGGAGAAGUCAGCGUCAGCGCGGCCGAGGACGGCUCUAAACGAGUGUGUGAAGGUGGUGGUGCGGUGCCGGCCGCUGUCCAACCGCGAGAAGAAUGAGGGCCACGAUGAGGUGAAGAAACGACGAGUCAGACCGACUGAUCAAAAAUGGUACGAGCGUCUCUCAACGAAAGGAACUGGAGAUCAGUUCCAAGAGGCUGACUUACCCCUGCAGGUGGUGCAAGUGUGGCCAGAGCGAGGCGCGGUGCAAGUGCUCAACCCCAAGGGCCAGGACAAGCUGUUCACAUACGAUGCUGUCUACGACGCAAACGCUGACACGCAGACCAUCUACGAUGAAAUGGUCCGUCCACUGGUGGCGUCCGUGCUGGACGGCUUCAACGGCUGCGUGUUCGCGUACGGGCAGACCGGCACCGGCAAGACACACACCAUGGAAGGCACCCCCGAGGACGAGGGCAUCAUACCGCGCGCCUUCCGACAUAUAUGGCAACAUAUUGAGACCAGUGCGUCGCGGGAUGUGACGCAUCUUGUGUCCUGCUCAUAUGUGGAGCUGUAUCUAGAAGAUGUCAGGGAUCUGCUGUCUAAGGAUUGCAAGAAACUGACUAUUAGAGGACAGGAGUUGAACGGCUUCUACAUCCCAGAGAUGACCUCCAUCGUGUGCAAGUCGGCCGCAGAGAUGGCGCGCGCCCUGCGGACGGGCAACCGCGUCCGCGCCUCCGGCCGCACCGACAUGAACGAGCACUCUUCGAGAUCCCACGCCGUGUUCCUGGUCACGGUGGAGUCGCAGCACAAGCCCAGCAACCGCAUCCGCGUCGGGAAGCUGAACCUGGUGGAUCUGGCGGGCAGCGAGAGGCAGAGGAAGACCGGCGCUGGCGGCGAGAGGCUUAGAGAAGCAGCUCGCAUCAACCAAGCGCUUUCAUCCCUGGGAAAUGUGAUCUCAGCACUCGCCGAGAACAGCCCUCAUGUGCCCUACCGGGACUCGAAGCUGACGCGCAUCCUGCAGGACUCGCUGGGCGGCAACAGCAAGACCAUCAUGAUCGCGGCGGUGGGGCCGGCCGCCUACAACUACGACGAGACCAUCACCACGCUGCGGUACGCUCAUCGAGCUAAAGCGAUAAAGAACAAGCCGAUCCGCAACGAAGACCCGAAGGACGCGAAACUGCGCGAGUAUCAAGCGGAGAUCGAGCGUCUCAGGGCUCUCAUCUCUCAGCGCCGCGCGGCCGAGAAGCGUCCGCGCCGCCCGCCGCGCGGCACGCCCGACCCCAGACCAGUUCCAGCAGAAGAAGACACAAUAGACACCGCCAGCCUCGAGAGCGAGCACAUUCUCGCCGAAUCCACCAUCGAGCAGGAAAAAUGCAAGACCGAGGAGCUCGAGCAACAGAUCCGGCAACUGGAAGAGCGACUUGUCUCCGGCGGAGGCGACGGGGACUUGCUGGACGAUCUCAGGCAGUCGCGGGCUGUGCUCGAUGCUAGGAACAUGGAGAUAGCGGAGAGGAAGAAGAGAGAGGUGGAGAUGCAGCAGAAGAUUGAUUUGGAGGAGGAGACUACGGCGUCGGUGACUCAGACCUUUGCUUCGUUGCAGCAAGAGGUUGACCAUAAGACACAGCGAUUAAAGAAAUGCGUGACAAAAUACGCCGCCCUCCGCGAGGAGAUGGUCGAGCUCCGCGAGGCGCACGACGGCGAGCGGCGCGAGCACGAAGCCCUGCAGGCCGCGCUGGUGGCGGGGCUGCGGCGGCGCCUGCUGCUGGCCGACAGCUUCGUGCCGCUGGCGGGCCGCGCGCAGGUCGCGAGGCUGGCCUACGACGACGACCAGGACGCCUGGACCAGAGCCGUGCCCGACAGGUGACCUCUUUUAGAACCACUCUCGGUACAUCGGGCCGGUUUAGCGACGGGAGAGCUUUUAUCGGCCGAUAGUUUAGUUAUUACUACAGUAAUUUAAUAUUAUAUUAUUAAGAGUCGAAUUCAUUUCAGGAACGUGAGUAGGGCAACAUCACAACGAUAACCAACUCUCUGUUUCCAGCGUGGAGCCCCUAACGGUCCGGCCCGUCGCGGGUCCGGGACGGAGGCCGACGUGCGCGGCGGCGGGGGGAGGAGGGGGGGGAGUCCCGCCCGCGCGGCGCCGCGCCGAGAACCUGCUGGACCUGGCGCCGCUGCCCCUCCCCCCCACCACCCGCCCCUACGUCCCGCCCCAGCCGCGCCUGCAGAGGUCAAUGGAGAGCUCCAUGAAGAAGUCUCCGGAGCUGGAGGCCCCCGCCCCGGGCCCCGCGGUGAGCGUGCGCAAGAGUGCGCGCCCCGUGCGGCCCGGCACCGCGCAUGCGCACCACCGCCUCGGCACGGCCGGCGUGCGGUAGCCCCGGGGCCGCUCCAGCGUGCGGUAGCCCCAGUGCCGCUCCAGCGUACGGUAGCCCCGGGGCCGCUCCAGCGUGCGGUAGCCCCGGGGCCGCUCCAGCGUGCGGUAGCCCCGGGCCCGCUCCAGCGUGCGGUAGCCCCGGGGCCGCUCCAGCGUGCGGUAGCCCCGGGGCCGCUCCAGCGUGCGGUAGCCCCGGGGCCGCUCCAGCGUGCGGUAGCCCCGAGGCCACUCCAGCGUGCGGUAGCCCCGAGGCCGCUCCAGCGUGCGCUAGCCCCGGGGCCGCUCCAGCGUGCGGUAGCCCCAAGGCCACUCCAGCUCUCUCAAGUGACAUGUCUCAUACACUCAUCAAACAUUACUUGUCCCUCCUGAGACUUGUGUGACAUUAGUUCUUUUAUCACACAAGUUAAUAUAAGGAUUCAAUCAGAAAGUUAGGUUUAGCCCUUAACCGGAGAUACAUUGACUUGAUUGCGGUGUACGUCCCACAUUUACUAGCACAGUAAAUGAUCCUGUCUCUCUGGAUAUGAUGAUGGGAAUCUGCCAUAUGGAGGCAAAUUUUUCCCAAUGGAUGUUUUAGAAUAGUAAACCCUAGUGAACCCAUUCAAACUUAGCCAAUCUGUCAAAACAUCCCUACUAUAUGGUGUACAUAGCAACAGUGAUAAAGACAAGCUGUAUUUUGCUUCACUUUUUAACAGACUGGCUCUGUGGAACGCGGUUGCUAGGAUUUAAUAUUCUAAAAGUCCAGUAUAAAUGUUGUGGUGCGCGGAGGAUGUCCAGCAUCCUGUGUGGCAGCCACGGGCCUCAGGAUAGUGUUAGUCUGAGUAUGCGAUAUUUUUAUACAAUAUUAUUAAUGCCAAACGCCCCGCUUAAUCGCGUGGCUCGUUGAUCUCUGUGCGCGUUACGCCUUUACCAUGAUUUUAUAUUCCAGUGUGGGCAGAUACUAAUUAAUAAAAAUGCCUAGUGUAGAAACUUUCAAGCGCUUUAUUUCCAUUUAGGCGUAGUCAAUCCCGGUUGUUUUUGUUUUAGAAUGAUUUUAUUUUACGGUUGUUAUUUUAUGUGAAUUUUAUUUUACGCUUCACAUUAAGUUGGAGCAGGUGAUAUUAGGUAGUUUGUUACACUUAUUUGUAUGUAUUUAAAUUCAAUUGUAUCGUAAAGUAAAUGAAAUUGUAAGAUAAUUUGAUUGUACCAGACACACCAGCAUCUCACGGAGAUCCUGGUGCGAGUUCAAAUGUUUACCAAAGACGGAAACUGUCCAUUCCACGCACUUGUCCCACAAUUGUUGAUAUUACCAGUGAUCAUGUUCCUUUACUUGUAAAAUUCAUAAAUCGUAAGUGGUUUUGUUAAAUUAUUAUUAAUCUAGACAUGGUUUCUAGUCAAUGAUUCUUGUAUACAGUUAAUGUAAAUAGUUAUUAGAUAUUAAAGUACCUAUAGAUAGUGGCAGCAUAGCCAGUUGCAAAUGUCGCACAAUGCUGGUGCCUCGCGUCGUGUACUGUUCUGUAUCUAAAAUGCUUUAUUUAGAGAAAAUGUAUUAAAUUCUGUCUUAAAAGCCUUCAUUGAAGCUGUUUUUAUAUUGGUGUAUUUAAUUUGUGUUUAAAUUAUGAACGGAAGAAUGGAAUCAUGUGAUAUGUAUUGAAACCGCUAGUCAGCUGUGCCGCGUACACGCUUAUACUCACUAAUAAAACAGAUUAAAUUUUA